AUGGGGCAGCUGCAGGCCACAGUGUCCAGUGUCCUUGGUGGGAGCCAGAGAAGCCUUCACAGAGAGCAAAAGCCAGAGUCAGCCAAAGACAGGAGACCAGAAGAGACAGAGGAGAUCCGAGACCAGAGGAGCAGAGAAGAGGCCCCAGAGCAAAGCAGGAAAGAGCCAAGGCACCAGGACCUGGAUGCAGCGCAGCUAGGCGGCCGCGGCUGGGCCAGUAUGUUAGUGUGCAGGCUUUGGAAAGCCAUCAGCAGGGCGCUGUUUGCAGAGUUCCUGGCCACGGGGCUGUAUGUGUUCUUCGGCGUGGGCUCCGUCAUGCGCUGGCCCACAGCGCUUCCUUCCGUGCUGCAGAUCGCCAUCACCUUCAACCUGGUCACUGCCAUGGCUGUGCAGGUCACCUGGAAGGCCAGCGGGGCCCACGCCAACCCCGCCGUGACGCUGGCCUUCCUCGUAGGCUCCCACAUCUCUCUGCCCCGAGCUGUGGCCUAUGUGGCUGCCCAGCUGGUGGGGGCCACGGUGGGGGCUGCUCUGCUGUAUGGGGUCAUGCCGGGAGACAUCCGAGAGACCCUUGGGAUCAAUGUGGUCCGGAACAGCGUCUCAAAUGGCCAGGCGGUGGCCGUGGAGCUGCUUCUGACCCUGCAGCUGGUGCUCUGUGUCUUCGCUUCCACCGACAGCCGCCAGACCUCCGGCUCCCCCGCCACCAUGAUUGGGAUCUCUGUGGCACUGGGCCACCUCAUUGGGAUCCACUUCACCGGCUGCUCCAUGAACCCUGCCCGCUCCUUUGGCCCUGCCGUCAUCAUUGGGAAGUUCACAGUCCACUGGGUCUUCUGGGUGGGGCCCCUGACGGGAGCCCUCCUGGCCUCACUGAUCUACAACUUCAUCCUGUUCCCCGACACCAAGACCCUGACCCAGCGGCUGGCUAUCCUCACAGGCACCGCAGAGGUGGGGACAGGGAGAGGGACAGGGGUGGAGCCCCCAAAGAAGGAAUCCCAGCCCUGUUCGGGAGCCGUGGAGAUGGAGAGUGUGUGUGAAACAGCCUAGGCCUGGCCGCGCCCUCGGGCUCCCUGCCUUGCAGGGCCUGCCUGGAAGUUCUCCCUGGGGAUGGCGGGAGGGGGAGGCUUGACCUCUUGUCCUGACCAGGUGGGCUGGAGGGGACAAGCCCUAUCCCUGGCAUUACCUUUCUGGAUAGAAUCUGGGAGUAAGCUGGGCGCAGUGGCUCCCGCCUGUAAUCCCAGCACUUUGGGAGGCCA